CAGUCUGUCUCAGACAAGGGAAAGGCUUAGGCUGCCACUGACGGUGUGGUCUGCUACUAUCGAGACAAAAGCGAGAGGUCUGUUCGAGGAUAAAGCGCGAUUGUGUCGCUUGGAUUGUGAAUAUUUUACAAUAUUUUCACUAAUGGUGAUCUGAUAUCUGACUUAUUGAUCAGCUCCAUGCUGGCUGGCACCAUGAGCGGGCUACUGAAGAGGAAGUUUGAGGAUGUCUAUGAGGAGGACCAGUGCUACCCCUCGUCCUCCUCCCUGUCCUCCUCAUCCUCCGGAUGGGACUCGGCUGGGGAGAGCUGCUACUCAGACACCCUGGACUCAACACCCAGAACCCCUGGCUCUCCAGACACGCAUUACAACGCCAAGUCCAUCCUGAAGAAGGCUAAGCGUGAGCAGGGUGGGAGGGGCAACGUGACCUUUGACAUGCUGACAGUGUUCCUGUUCCCGCGGUGCCAGGGCUUCAGCAGCGUGCCCAGUAAGGGGGGCUGUUCCCUGGGCAUGAUGCAGCACCACAGCGCCCUCCGCAGGUACACCCUGGAAGAGUACGCUGUGGAGCAACGCAUCCUUCGCCGGGAGAAACUCCUCAAUCGCCUCCGAGAGGAGAAACUGGACGCUCUCAAACAGAAGCUGACUAAGGGAGGCACGGUGGAGUCAGAGGAGGCGGACUGCCUCACCGUCGAAGACAUCCCAGAGGACGAGAUGGACAUCAGCAGUUGUAACCUAGACGACGGCUCCUUCCUCCACCCCUACCCCUCCAAGCGGAGACACGCCCUGCUGAAGGCCGCGGGGGUGAAGAAGAUCGAUAAGGAGGAGAAGAGGCAGCUCCAGCAGCUGAGAGUGUCCAGGGAGGACUGUGGCUGUGACUGUCAGGGCUUCUGUGAGCCAGAGACCUGCGCCUGCAACCUGGCGGGCAUCAAGUGUCAGAUGGACCACUCGUCAUUUCCCUGCGGCUGCACUAAGGAUGGCUGCGGUAACCAGGAAGGUCGCAUAGAGUUCAACUCCAGCCGGGUUCAGACCCACUACAUCCACACCAUCAUGAAGCUAGAGCUGGAGAAGAGACUGGAGGAGACGUCUGGACCAGAGGAAGAGGACCCGGGAGAGACCACAGACCUCCCCUCCAUCCCAGACCGCCCCUCCUUCCACUUCAGCUCAGAGCUGGAGGAGAACAGCUGUAGUAGCGACAUGACGUACUCCUCUGGGGGAAGUGAUGACUCAGAGGAAGGGGCGGGGUUAGGGGUGGGGUUAGGGCGGCGCUCCUGGGAGGACGGCCCCCUGCUGGAUGAUGUGGAUGAGAACGGACUGAGCCGCAUCCUCAGCUUUAGCGACAUUGACGACAACGAUGACUACAAUGUAAACAACCACGUUGUCAAUGACAACCGCUGCUGCCCCGAGCAACGUCUACAGCAACAGCCGUGGAUGUUGGCAGGGUUUAGCGCGGCAGACUUCCCAGAGGAGAAUGACAAUCCAGAGGUGUACACGGACAACGGGGCCAUGGCCUUAUCACAACUGUUAGAUGAUAACGCUAACCAAGGCAACUGUCUGUUCCACCACAGCGACCGCCCCAACCCUCCAUCCCCCUCAGUAGACCGCCCUGCUGCCAGCUACAUGGACCUCAGCCUGAUCUCAGAGUCUGACCUGGAGUUCUUUGAUGGUUUCUGUCUGGGUCCUUCCUCCCUCUACAGCUCCCUAAAGGACCAACACAUGGACAACUUCUUUCACUUCCAGUUGCCUAGUUACCCCAGCAGCCAAUCACAGGCCAGCGACCCUGGGACCUGCCUCCUGGAGUCUCUGAUUGGUCUGUCAGAAUCUGUCCCAGAACCCCCUGCGACGUUCACAGACAAUCAAGUGUUGGAGGAAGCCGCCAGGGGUUAACUAACCGGAACUGAACUGCCAACUGUGUUCUGGACUAUGUAGUGAAUUAGGGGGGACGGUCAGUGGAAACAGACUGCUGGGAUUUCUCUCUUGCCUAUCUAUUGUUAUUGAGAUUCCGUUCUUGCCUUCCAAAUGUUAGCAAAAGCAGUUGGUAAUUAUUGCUAUAUGAAAUGGCAGCUAACAUUUCAUUUGAAAAAAAGAAAGUGAGACUAACACAAAAGUGAACGCUCAAUUGUGUAAUCUGAGUCAUUUAUCUGUGACCUGAUGCCGUGGAACCAAGCCUGCCCCUCCACACUAACACAGAGGGUGACUGGUGCUAGUUGCCUUCAGCCUAGUUGGCGUUCUGUUUGGGGACAGGGUCUGUAGGGAACCUUUAAACAUUGCUGAAUGUCAACCUCAGGGACUUUUUCUAGCUUUAGGAAGCAGACCAUUGUGGCCAUUGAAGCGCUGUGGUGGGUGUCGCUAAGCUUUUACACACAGACAAACCCCCAACUAGAAUCACAACAUUGUCAUAACCCCGGCCUCCAUUACGGCUCUGUGCUCCGUCCCAGUUGACUGGAGUUAGAGGGGUAAAUGGUCAGCCCCUGGGUCCUAAAGCUAGUAUGGUACAGUCCCUCAGAAAGCUCCUUGGUCAGCACGUUUUCUGUGAAACUGGUGAUUGACGAACCAUAACUUCCUGGUUCUCCGUCUGUAUAUGAAGUGAUGUGAAGGUCGUGUUGCAGACUGUGUGUCUCUACGGUCCAUUCAAUAGCUCAGUGACCUUUAACCAUUUACAUGCUAGAAAUAAGCUGGGUAUUCAUGAGCUGAGAAACUAACAAUAUUACAGCUGAAAAUUAUAUUCAUUAUAGCAAAGGCUAUAAUAACUGUAUCUAGAUUAUUACUUUUAUUAAUAUUAUUGUUUAUGAUUUUAUAUUUAUUUUCAGAUUUAAAAAAAACGACUAAACGUAUGUUCAAGCAGCACUGUGGUUUGAUAUUUAUAACCUGGAGGUGCAAUCUUACCUUAUGUAUCAGUGACUUUGUCUCAAAUGGCAAACUUUUCCCUGUAGCUCAGUUGGUAGAGCAUGGCGCUUGCAACGCCAGGGUUGUGGGUUCGUUUCCCACGGGGGGCCAGU